AUGGCAAGCGUGGUGGUGAAGACAAUCUGGCAAUCCAAAGAGAUCCACGAAGCGGGGGACCCACCUGCGGGUGUCGAAAGCCGCGCCCAGCUGGUCCCUGAGGCUCCCGGGGGGGUGACCAGCCCUGCCAAGGGGAUAACGAAGAAGAAGAAGGCCGUGUCCUUCCACGGGGUGGAACCCCGGAUGUCCCACGAGCCGAUGCACUGGUGCCUGAACCUCAAGCGGUCCUCAGCCUGCACCAACGUGUCCUUACUCAACCUGGCUGCCAUGGAGCCCGACUCGUCGGGCACAGAUUCAACCACAGAGGACAGUGCUCCACUGGCACUGCCAGGGCCCCCUGCUUCCCCUACAACACCCUGGGCCCCAGAGGAUCCUGACAUCACAGAGCUUCUGAGUGGGGUCAACAGUGGAUUGGUACGUGCCAAAGACUCCAUUACCAGCUUGAAGGAAAAGACCACUCGAGUUAAUCAGCACGUUCAGACAUUACAGAGCGAGUGCUCUGUGCUGAGCGAGAAUCUGGAGAGAAGGCGGCAGGAGGCUGAAGAGUUGGAGGGAUACUGCAGCCAGCUGAAGGGCCCCCGCCCCGAUGUUCUGACCCAGGAGAACUGCCGCAAAGUGACCCGGUCAGUGGAAGACGCUGAAAUCAAAACCAAUGUCCUGAAGCAGAACUCGGCCUUGCUGGAGGAGAAGCUAAGAUACCUCCAGCAGCAACUCCAGGAUGAGACGCCUAGGAGGCAGGAGGCCGAGCUGCAGGAACUGGAGCAAAAGCUGGAGGCCGGCCUUUCCCGGCAUGGCCUGGGCCCUGCCGCUCCCCUUCAGGGCUGUUCUGGGCCCCCCGGUAGCCCCGAGGAACCCCCGCGGCCGAGGGGCCUGGCCUCCAGUGCCUGGGGCUUAGCGCUCCGCACAGGGGAAGGACUCUCGUUGAGCGAGCAGGAGUUGCAGAAGGUGUCCACCGGCCUGGAGGAGCUGAGGAGGGAGGUGUCCUCCCUGGCAGCCCGGUGGCAUCAGGAGGAGGGGGCGGUGCAGGAAGCUCUGCGUUUGCUCGGAGGCCUGGGAGGCCGGCUGGAUGGCUUCCUGGGCCAGUGGGAGCGAGCACAGCGGGAACAAGCACAGUCGGCCCGGGGCUUGCAGGAGCUUCGAGGACGGGCAGAUGAGCUGUGCACGAUGGUGGAGAGGUCAGCAGUGUCUGUGGCUUCGCUGAGGACUGAAUUGGAGGCGCUGGGCCCAGUGAAACCGAUUCUGGAGGAGCUGGGCCGGCAACUUCAGAACUCCCGAAGGGGGCCCGACCAUGUCUUGAACUUGGAUCGUUCUGUCCAAGGCCCCUGUGCCCGCUGCGCCAGCCAGGGGCAGCAGCUGUCCACGGAGUCCCUGCAGCAGCUGCUGGAACGCGCGCUGACACCGCUGGUGGAUGAGGUGAAGCAGAAAGGCCUGGCUCCUGCCUGCCCCAGCUGCCAGAGGCUACACAAGAAGAUUCUGGAGCUGGAGCGCCAGGCCUUGGCCAAACACGUCAGGGCAGAGGCCCUGAGCUCCACCCUUCGGCUGGCCCAAGACGAAGCCCUUCGGGCCAAGAACCUACUGCUGACGGACAAGAUGAAGCCGGAGGAGAAGGUGGCCACUUUGGACUAUAUGCAUUUGAAGAUGUGCUCCCUUCACGACCAGCUCAGCCACCUGCCACUUGAGGGGUCCACAGGGGCAAUGGGGGGAGGAAGCAAUGGAGGGGCUCCCCCUAAACAUGGGAGCCCAGGCUCUGAACAAUAA